AUGCUUGAUCCAAAAAUUUUGUUACUUGGCUCUGGUUUCGUUGCUGGUCCCACAGUAGAAUAUAUUUUACGGAGACCAGAAAAUCAUUUGACUAUCGCGUGUAGACGUAUUGCAGCUGCUGAAGCUCUUGCCAAACAAUUUUCUCGAGCAAAAUCAGAAUCAAUAGAUGUUACAAAUGAGGGAGCACUAGAUGAGAUUGUUUCACGUCAUGAUCUGGUUAUUAGUUUGAUCCCAUAUACAAAUCAUCCAUUGGUUCUAAAAUCUGCAAUUAAAUUCGGAAAAAAUGUGGUCACAACUAGUUAUGUCUCUCCUGCUAUGAGAGAAUUUCAUGAUGCUGCUAUAGAAAAAAAUUUGACCAUAUUAAAUGAAAUUGGUCUCGAUCCUGGUAUUGAUCAUUUAUAUGCGGUGAAGACAAUAAAUGAAGUUCACGAAGCUGAUGGAGAAAUUAUAUCCUUCAUUUCUUAUUGUGGUGGUUUACCAGCUCCAGAAUGUUCUAAUAAUCCUCUUGGAUAUAAAUUUAGUUGGUCAUCUCGUGGUGUUUUAUUGGCAUUACGAAACAGUGCUAAAUUUUAUCAAGAUGGAAAGAUUGUUGAAAUUCCUGGAACUGAAUUAAUGUCAUCUGCGAAACCAUAUUUUAUAUAUCCAGCUUUUGCUUUUCUAUGUUACGCUAAUCGGGAUUCUACACCUUUUAAAGAAUAUUAUAAUAUUCCAGAAGCUCAAAAUAUUGUUAGAGGUACAUUAAGAUAUCAAGGUUUUACGGAUUUCGUUAAAGUAUUAGUUAAGAUUGGUUUAUUAGAUGAUUCAAAUCAAAAUUAUUUGCAUUUCAAUUCACCGGAAAUUACUUGGAGAGAAGUUAUUGCCAAAGUGCUUAAUACAUCAAACAAUACAGAAGAUGAAUUAAGGAAAGCUAUCAAAUCCACUAUAGCAGAAAAUGAAAUAAGCAAAGAUGAAAUUGAAAGAAUUCUUAAAGGAUUUAAAUGGCUUGGAUUAUUUUCAGAUAAACCAAUUCGUCGUUGUGGUACAUUACUUGAUACUUUGUGUGCUACAUUAGAGGAAAAAAUGCAAUAUGAAGAAGGAGAACGUGAUAUGGUUAUCCUUCAACAUAAAUUUGAAAUUAAAUUAAAAGAUGGCACAAGGGAAACUUGGACAUCGACAUUAUUGGAAUAUGGAAAACCACCAGGACCAUCCGCAAUGUCUACAUUGGUUGGGAUACCAUGUGGUAUUGCUGUUCAAUUAAUAUUAGAUGGUGUGAUUAAGAAGAGAGGUGUUUUGGCACCUUAUACACCAGAAAUUAUUAAUCCUAUUAUUGCAGAAUUAGAAAAGGAAGGAAUUAAAGUCAAAGAAGAAAAGUUAUAA